AUGGCCGAGCAUCGAUCAAAAGGUGUAGCUGAAGCAAAUUAUAGAACAAGUGGCGAUUCAUCACACGGAUUUGAUGUUCAUGCUGUAUAUGAUCGAUUUGUUGUUUCAUUACGAGAACCUGAUAACCCAAAAUCACCUAUUGGUACACAAGAUUAUAUUGAUGGCUAUCGAGAAUUAUUAAAAUUCUGUGAUGCACUUGGUUAUAUAUUCAAAUUUGUUUCGGAUGAUGUUGUAGACAAAUUAGGAAUUUUGCAAUCAUUUGUUGAUAAAGACAAAAAAAGUACACCACAUUUUGAUACCAUACAACAAGCAAUUCAAUAUGAAACUGAACAUAAUUUAAUUAAACCAAAUCCAAGAAAUUUUACCCGUACUUUAUUACGACUUCAUCGUGCAUCUCUUUUUCUUAUUGAAUUUCUCCGUGGUUUAGCUGAUCAACCAUUAUCAGAAACAACAGCGACAAUUGCAACACGUUCUUAUGAUGCAACAUUAUCUCCAUAUCGUAAGUAUAAGAAGUCUGACUGAUAUUACUGUCGAUCUGUUUGUCAAACGAUUAAUCAUUGAAGAUAAUUUGAGUAUCGAUUAUGCAAUCGAUAUUUCGAUCUAUUAAUCUUUCUUAGGAACGAUUCUGCAAGAUUACUACCCCGAAGUUGUCCAUCGCUAAAUGUUUUCUUGGAUUAUUUUCAUUUAAAUAAAAGAUCAUAUUGUAAAACUUCUGAAUCUAAACUAUUUGAUUUUCUAAUGUAUCUGUAAAAAUGUUGAGGAUCACAAUCCUGCAAUAUUUGUGCUUGAACAAUAAAAAUUAAAAAAAUAAAAGGUUUUUGUUUUCACAUAUUAAUGGAUUUUUGAGAAUUUUUCUGUCUCUGUCACUAUUAUAAAUUUUGGUAGUUGAUUAUAUCUCCACAAAGUAAGAGAGUCAAUGUUGAUUGAUUGUCCUUUUUCUAGUCAUUUGUUUCUCUUACCUCGUCGAAUCAUAUCAUCUCAAAAGAAUGAAUCUAGUUUUUGAAAAUCUUUAAAAUUCUGCAUUUUUUUAAUACAUGAUUCAAAGAACAAAAAGGAGUUAACGAAGUCGGAGUAGAGACUACAAUUAUUGAGCUAAAUGCCGUGACCAUACAAAGUUAUUGAAAUAGUAUGUGUAUUUAGCAGUUUCUCACAGUAUAGAUUAAUAUGAGAGCAAAAUGAAUUGUCUAGUGUUUGAAAUCAGUGCACAAAUCGACAUUAGAUCAAAUUUAUUUUGGCAAAUAUUAUCGUUUACAUAAAACUCGUCUGUAUUCAUUUUCAACAUUUAUUUCCGAAAAACUGGCUUGUGAAUAUCCUUCGGGUUGAUUUUUAAUUAGACAUCGGGUGCUGGAAACUCAAAAUUUGAGCAAAAACUUUUCUCCUAGGUAUUUUAGCAUGGGUGAAUAGAGCUCGUCCAGUUAUCCUCUAAAAUGUUGUUUUUAGUAUUUUCAGAUCGACUUUUAUUUACAAACAUUCGAAGAUAAAAUUUUUCGAAAAAUUACCUUAAAAUGGUAUCAUUUGUAAAAUAUUGUUGAUAUCUUGCUAUUUUGUUAUAUUCAUCUUUAAUUUUAUCUUCCCAAAAUAUUUUAUUCUGAAUCUAUGGA